AAAAACAGACUAUUUACAUUUCAAAGAGAGACCCUCGAAGAAGGCGGAUCUUUUGCGAGGGACUGCCAGCAAGUGUCUAGAAAACACUUAAGAUUUUUUUUUUGACAUUUGUUGUGCUAGACACAUUCAAGAAUAAUAUGUCUACUGCUACGGGAGUUUUUCUGCUGUCGCUGACAGCGGUCCCUGUAUGCUACAGUAUGAAUUUAAUGAGUAGCAUGGGUGAUCACCGCCUAGUUUUUGGUGGUGCAUGUCUCGUUUUGGCUGUUAUCGUGUUCAUGUCGUAUCUCAUUAUCGCCUUCACUGGCAAACAGAACAAGCCUAGCGAUUUAUUUUUCUACGUGUUUUCAUUAUUUGCAUUUACCAGUGUCGUAGAUCUGGUUAUUGGACUGGAAUUGGAUGGUGUUAUUAAUAACUUUGUUGCAUUUUAUCUCAAAGAGGGUGAACCAUACCUGAACACAGCCUAUGGAACCAUGAUUAACUACUGGGAUGGUACAGGACACUAUUGUAUGUACCUAAUGAUGGUUACUGCUAUUGUAUGGAAAUUGAAUGUUGUUUUUUCUUUUUCUCAGAAAAUCAAAGCCCAGAAGAAGAGUAUUUUCCAAAGACCAUUUGAUCUAAUGAUGGUGAUAUACUUACUGACCUCAUGUGUCUUCUCUUUCAUCAGGAUGCUAGCUGCAUUGAACAGUCCAAUCCUAUUUGCACAAGCAUAUGUAAAAUUUUAUGAACCUUACCUUCUGGAUCCAGUUAUCUAUCCUAAAUUACAGAUGCUUGUGUACUGGUUCUACCUUACACCACACAGUUUAUGUGCAAUAUACGGGCUGCUGUAUCCAGGCUGUGAAUGGAUGUCAGACUGGGCAUUAAUACAUGCGGGAGCAGCCAUGCAGGGUCAGUUUUCUCACAUUGGAUCCUCUCUUCACUCGAGGACACCAUACGCAUUGAGGGUUCCCAUAGAUUCACGGUCAACAUUCUGGGUUAUCAACCUUAUCCUGUUAGUCUUCCCUCAGAUUUUAGCAUGGCGAUGUCUAAACAAACCAGCCUUCUUUGCCAAGGAAGUGGAUCCAAGACCUCUAAAAAAAGAGCAUCUAAAAUAAUUCAAAGUAAUUUCUGUCUUUUUAAAAUAUACUGCUUCAAUUUCAGUGUAACAUUGAGAUAUGACUGGUAUUUUUUGAAUCAACAGAAAUAUAUGUAUUCAUUAAUUAUUUUAUGAUUGCUUUAUUGGUUAAAUAUCAUUGCCAAAUGUGUAUUCCUGUUACAUGGUGUGGAUUAUUGGAUAAUAAAAUGCUUCCUGACUUUCAACCCACUUCUAUAACAAACCUACCUCCCUCGGUUAGUAAUUUCACCAAUAGUAGGGUAUCAGAUUGAUUUGAGAAAUUAAUAGAAAUAAUCAUAAUAUGAUCUCCUGCUGAUCUCUGGGGAAAAAAAUAUCCAUCAUGGGAUCAACUAAUAAGUAUAAAAUAGCUAAAUAUCAUUCUACACUUCCUCAUGAAAUGCAAGCAGUACUAUGAUCAACACAAUUAAUACAAUUUAAUACUAUCCAUUAUAACUUGUUUAAUGUUAAAUAAUGGAGUUUUUUAGCUUUAUGCAAAUGUUUUAAUUCCAUGUUGAGAGUUUAAUGAGAAUUUUAAUUAUAUUUUAAGAAAUUUUAUAAAAGUUACUGUAAUUGGGUUAAGUACCCCCUUGGUCUAAGCCUAGGUUUAGAUACAGUAUCGCCUUGAUCAGAUGAAAUGCCAAAAAGCAGAUGGAAUAUAUAUCUGCAAUUGCUCUUCCACGUUUAAAUCUAUUCCUGAUAAUUAUUAUUUAGUAAUAUUUUGAUUUAUUUGUGUUUUUCGAUUGUAAAUACUGUACUCCAAUUCUAUAUUUUGGUCGGGGCAUACCACAGCAUACCAGUCUCUAAACAUAUGCCCCCUUUUAGCUUGCUGUGCUCUGUUUGUCACAAAUUUUAAGACCACUUUCCUUUUUAGGCUUACAUGUGAGAGGCCUCAGGAUGUAUCCUGAGACCAAGGUCACCAUACUCGACCAGUUGCCCUCCUUCACAAUAAGUGUUUCAUUUUCAUCAAUAAUUUGAUUUGUUUUUAAAUGUGUGUACUAUAUUUUGUCAUUAGCAAUAUUACAGAAUUGUGUACUGUGUUGUGUAAUUUAUCAUCAUAAUUUGUAGCUAAAUUUGAUAAAUGCCAAUUUUAUUAAUGAAGGGUUUUCCCCCCAAUAAAUUGGCAUUAAUUGAAAUGAAUAAUUUUAAUUAUAUUAAUAAAUUAUUAAUAAUCAUAAUGAUGAAUAAAUAGAUAAAAAGAUCAAA